AUGUGCGGCGGCACUCAAUUCCGACAAGACCUGGCCGUUGCUAGAAUUCAGAACCAGCGUAUCGACGCAGCCACACUCCUCAUCCGAUGCCUCCCGCUCCUACGUUACCAUCUUCGACGACUUAUCGACCUCGACGAGCGAUCUCGUGUUCAUAAGCUGCCCUUCGGCUACCCCACGAAUACCUGGCUUGUGACCUGUAGUGCAGAGCUGCAAAUUUUGGUCGAAGACUUGACUGAAAGGUUGGACACUCACCUGCCUCAUCUGCCCGGCCUCUAUGGGAUGGACCCCGUCCAGGAGGUUGUGCCCAUCAACGGCUUCAGAGAUCCUUCUCCCUCUCCUGCCCAGAACUCUGAUGCGCGGGAUACAGAAGUUGCCCACUUUCUGCGGUCUCUCCAGCCGCUUGAGGACUCUGUUCAGCGUCUAGUGGAUUUCGAGCAGCGACUCGGCGAUUGCGGAGAUUGGAGACGGGCUACGUACAUGGCUGUCAUGGGCUGGUGUGCGCUUCUGAGGGUCGAGUUGGAGAAUUUCACUGGCAUGUUGCUAGAUCACAUGGGACCUGUGGGAGGAAGGGAUGGAUUGAGGGACUGGCACACUGGAUCGAUAGUCGUGGGACAAGCCGCUCCAACAAUCGCGGCGGCGCUCGCUCCGGCGGACAAACUGGGCGAUCAUCCAACACUUGAGGUCAACCUACAAUGCGAUGAAGAAGCCCAGGAGCUGCAGGACUACGGCUCCCGUCUGAGUGAACUCUUAGAACAGGUCUACCGGGACCAGGAUGCAAAUCCUCAGAGCGAGAGAGCACGAAUGCAGAUCGCUAUAUUGCAUCACGAAUGGGAUCGGUUUUGCGAGCGGCUUCUAGCUUUGUACGGACUUCAUGCGAGAGUGCAGGAUGGAGAGGUUGUAGGGGAAGUGAGGGAAGCGGGAGCCGGACAAGGUGGACGUGGAGGUCAAAAUGGCCGUGGAGGUCCGAGUGCCCGCGGCAGUCGAGGCGGUCACCGCGGUGCUGGUGGGAUGAGUGGCAUGCCAGGACCAUUGUUUGACUUCGGUCGCACGGCUGGACCUGGGCGAUGCUGA